AUGGCACCAAAGGCAGAGAAGAAGCCAGCGGAGAAGAAACCCGCCGCUGAGAAAGCGCCCGCCGCCGAGAAGGCUCCGGCGGAGAAGAAGCCAAAGGCCGGCAAGAAACUCCCCAAGGAAGGUGCAGCUGCCGGAGACAAGAAGAAGAAGCGCACGAAGAAGAGUGUAGAAACUUACAAGAUCUACAUAUUCAAGGUGCUGAAGCAGGUUCAUCCUGACAUAGGGAUCUCGAGCAAGGCCAUGGGAAUUAUGAACAGUUUCAUUAAUGAUAUCUUUGAGAAAUUGGCUCAGGAAGCCUCCAGGCUUGCCAGGUACAAUAAAAAGCCCACGAUUACUUCUCGGGAGAUCCAGACUGCUGUGAGAUUGGUACUUCCUGGUGAAUUGGCGAAGCACGCUGUUUCGGAGGGUACCAAGGCUGUUACCAAGUUUACCAGCUCUUAA